AUGGCUCCGAGUGAGGCUGUCGUUGCGAGACAAACAGCGCAGAUAAUUUACUAUCUGCUUGAGGACGAGUGUGCCCCGGCGUCUCGUGCGUUCAAAGACGAAUAUGAAACCGACGGCAACGGUGAUGAUUUUGAUCCAGUUUUGAUAGCUGACAAACUGAGAAGUAUUGCUGAUUCCAUGAAUGAGGACGCCAUGUUUCAAGCUGCAUUAUCUGGCCUGAGGAAAGCAGCAGCAGAAGAGGCUGUGGAAGCUGCGUUCAGCAGUGGUGUGGACGCUGUGUGCAAGGCUCACACUUCAAAGGGGCCUGAGGUGGCUCCUGAGAUGCAGCUCAUCAGGGCCUCUGUGGCCUUUGGGCUAUAUGUCAAGAAAUCAUCCCCAGAGCUUAAAAGUAAAGUCCAAACUGCCAUGGCUGCUUUCCUCAACAGGCGUGUGGGCUCAUGGGUCGAACGGCAGGGUGGAUGGAGUAAAGUUCCAGAUGUUGCAGAAUGAGGAAGUUCUGCUUCUUCACACAACAGCGUCUUUAAGAGCCACAAGAUCGCACAGAAUCUGCCUGUUUUCUGUCGGUUUCAGGUGCUGGUAUCACACUAAGCCUCUUCAUCAGUCAUUCCCUAUAAAAGCUCAUUUUGUAGCACUUAGAUUUAAGUUUUAGGCAGGUUAGCUUUACUUUAAAUCAUAGUAAAUGUGAAGCCAAGUUAUUUUAAAUGGUAAUGUCUAUCAUCUGAAGAGAUUUAAUCAAAUGAUGCCUCUGGAUCCUCACUACAUCACUGAAGACAUUCUUGUUUACGAGUGCAUUUGUUUCUUGUGGGUUAUUCAAUUAUGUUCUUCUCAGGUAUUUAUCAUGAAUGAAUUAGUUCCUAUUUUGCCUUUUUUAUAAUUCAAAGUUCUCAAUGUACUGGUUAUUAUGUGCUAUUCUGUAAUUUCCUCACUCCUUUAAUUUAGAUCUAAAUGGCAUAUUUGGUAAAAGAUGACUUUUCUAGGGCUUAGAUUUAUUUUAAGUCUUGCCACUUUUUGUGGCAAAAUAUGAUUAAAUAUUAGCUCUCCCUCUUUAAUGCAUAACUCACAUGCAUUGUUUACAGCCUCUCUUUGUAUUGAGCAAUCCAUCAUUGAUAUAAAUCAAAAGCACACAUUUCUGAUAUUGCCAUUUUUUAUUAAGGGUAACAUUUCUCACCUUAAAAACAGGUUAAGGGUUUGAGGAUCUGUACUUGCCUUACAUGUCAGACAUUGAGAAACAAAAUGGAAUAAAUGAUCAAGAGUGUUUUAUGCUGCAUUUUGAUCCAAAUUGGGACUCUUAUCGUGUUCGAAUAUUUGUAAAUCUGUAAAGCUUUUUAUUUAAAAAAAGAAAAAUGUUGAUGCUUUUCAAAUUAUUGACACAGGGGCUGGAGACGGGGAAAAAUGAUGCUGCCUUGCAAAAUGUGAUGGCUUUAAGAAAAAUCUGUUCUGACGGAGGGGUGCAUCAGUCUCAAGAACACUUGCUACUGGAUUCUGAAAGCUAAUCCAUUUAUUUGGUUGCUCUGUGUGACAACUGAACCGUAUCAUCUUAGAUUUUGAAAUUGAACAAAAAAAAGUUGUGUAGUGACCGCUUAUUAUUUAUUACCCUGAAUGUCUUUGAAUAGUACAGUGAUUUGAAAAACCUAGACAUGAAUGAUAUUCCUGUUCCAUCAAACCUCGUUUGGUAAGAUUAGACACUUGUUUACACAUAUCAGAACAGCGCCGUGUGAAGGAUUGUAAUUGGCGAGCAAUAUUACUCAGUAAGAAUUUAGAAGACUAUAAUGAAGUUUGCAAUGGAACUGAUGCAUUGAUUGUAAGCCUAGACUGUCUUCAUAAACAUGUUUUAUACCACCUUUAAGGUGUUUCUGCAUUCUUCAAUUUGCUGAGCAGAAAACUUUGUCUCACUAAAUCAGAAUGCUCAUGAAUGAAGUUGUGAUUUCCUGACAAGCUAAUUUAGCUGGGAGUGCAUAGUCUGUGUGUGUUUGUUCUGACUGCUGACAGGCAGAGGGCAGCACAAGAUGCCAAAUUCCAAGUUUGCAGUGUGCGGGUUGUCCAUGAGAUUGAGUGUGUUUGUGAUUUGACAUGACAAAAAGAACAAAGCAAACCGAGACGCAUGCUGUCUUAUUGCUGACCACAGAACCUGCUGUUCUCCGGCUUGUAAUUCACAAAGAGAUGUUAACAUCUGUCUAAAUUCUCACCACUAUGUGAAAGGUGGGGACUUCAGGAAACACAAAUGAGGUUCUUUUAACAAUUGUGAGCAUUCACACACUGUAUAAGCACCAUAUGUGGUAAUUAAUCCUUUAUAUAAAUGCAUCUGUCAUUUAUUUGGCUCAAAUUCUCUGCCAGCAGAGAGCUUCUUAGGGUGUUGGUGAUGUAUUGGGAGAGUUUCCACCACAUCUUACCUAAUUUGUGUUUAACUUCAGAUCUGUGUAAAUUCAUAAUACAGUAAUAAUGCACCCUCAAAGAAAUGUGCAAAGAAUAACCUGUUCUCUGCAUUCAUUUUUGCUCCAAAUGUUUGUUUUUUCCCAAAAAAUGGGCAGUUUGAUUUUUGAGAUUUGCUGGUUCGAUGCCAGGUGACUAAUAAAGCAGACGGCUUUCUUGCUUUCCUGUGGAGACAUCGGCUGGUGGAGGCUUUGAUCCAACUUCAUGUGAGCUCUUGAUUGUCAGCUGAUGCUGCUGUGUGUUCAGGAGCACGAACCAACGUCAAGUGACUCAGUUUGUCUUUUGGA